AUGAAAGACAUAGGAAAGCGGUGGUGCGAAAGAGGGGAGGAUGGACAGUUUUCGAUUUUUUUCUCAAGUAAGCCAAACAAGAUAAUGAACCACUUCUAUCACGAUGGCCUAUUGCAGUCGAUAACAUGGCCCGAAUUUGCUAAUUUACACCCAUUUGCUCCAAGAAAUCAAUGGGAAGGCUACGCAGAAAUAUUCAGUCAGGUAGAAAAAUGGCUAUGCGAAAUCACUGGCUACGAUAAAAUAUCGCUACAACCGAACAGUGGAGCCAGCGGAGAGUAUACGGGUCUUCUUGCUAUUCGCAAAUAUUUACAAUCGAUUGAUCAGGGACAACGAGAUGUUUGCUUGAUUCCAAUAUCAGCACAUGGGACCAAUCCAGCAAGUGCCAAUAUGGCAAAUAUGCGGGUAGUCGUUGUGGAUGCUGACCGGCAUGGCAACAUCAACUACAAAGAUCUCUCUGCCAAGGUUGAAAAAUACAAAAAUGAAUUGGCGGCAAUAAUGAUCACAUACCCAUCAACGCAUGGCGUCUUCGAAUCAUCGGUUGUCGAUGUUUGCGCCAAAAUUCAUGAAAACGGUGGACAAGUUUAUUUGGACGGUGCUAAUUUAAAUGCUCAGGGGGCUUGUAGGUACCCACUGCAAGUCAAGUGGGCUUGGGCUAGAACAGAGGCAGGUAUCAGUUUGCACGGAAUUUGUGUUUUAAAAUUUGUUUUCAGUAAAAUGCAUUUGGCGCCUUUCUUACCGGGACAUUCGGUGGUGCCAGUGGAGGAGCGCAAAAGUGGUGCAGUGAGUGCAGCACCUUAUGGUUCAAGCAGUAUAAUUCCAAUCACAUGGGCAUACAUACGGAUGAUGGCGGGAGUUGGCCUGAAGGAAGCCUCACAGAUGGCAAUUCUCAAUGCAAAUUACAUGGCAAAACGACUAGAAGCAGCGUAUCGAAUUGUCUACAAGGCAACCACUUCCUCAUAUUUCCGCUUUUCAUUCAUACGCUUACUGCAGGAUGAACAAGGGCUGGUGGCACAUGAAUUUAUAAUCGACUGUAAAGACUUCAAGAAAACCGCCGGUGUUGAAGUAGUUGACAUCGCUAAACGUCUCAUGGAUUACGGUUUCCAUGCGCCAACAAUGUCCUUCCCUGUGCACGACUGCUUUAUGAUUGAGCCAACAGAAAGUGAAGAUAAGGAUGAGAUGGAUCGGCUCGUUGACUCGUUGCUCGCUAUCCGUGAAGAAAUCGCAUUGAUCGAAACGGGUCGAAUGGAUCGUAAUGUGAAUCCGCUUAAAAUGGCACCGCACACACUCGCAGUUUUGACGGCCACAAAAUGGGAUCGUCCAUAUUCGCGUGAAGUUGCUGGAUUCCCAAAACCAUGGUGUGCUCACAAAGUGUGGCCGUCUGUAUCUCGCAUCGACGAGCAGUACGGUGAUCGAAAUCUCAUCUGCUCUUGUCCGCCUACAGAAGCAUAUGCUGAGCAGUGA